AUGUCCAAUCCGCUAAGAUUAAUACCUGGCGAAGCGCACAGUUCUCGCGUCAGCGUGACCGCCUUUGGCGAGCCUGCGCCCUCCGCCCCAGGACUCCACGAUACCUUGAGAUCAGGCGAGGGACCUCUUUCUGUCUCGUCCAAAAUCAACAACAGACACCCAUUGGAGAGCAGAGUGCAGAAUUGGGACGCUACGCAGAGAGAACACCAGCUCGAAGCCUACAGACGUAUAUUUGGAGCAGCAGACCCAAUAAAGAGAGAGAUGGAGCUGAAGCUCGUGCAGGACACUGAUUUCAGGCCAGCCGUGCUUGGCGGGUCUUCGAACCUCCACAGAGACAUCCUGCUGAACAAAGAGACCAGCAUUGACUGGGAGGAUAUUUAUUCAGCCUCAGACAGACCUCCAAUGGACUUCCAUACCGAGAUGGAAAAGAGGUUUGGUAUUUGA